AUGGGGGCCUGCGCCAGAAGAGGCGCCAGCCGUUCUAGGGGCGAGGGAGACCCACACGUCGGGCUGCCCGAGGAGGAGAAUGGCCGGCCGGCUCCUCGCUUGCCUGCUGCUGUUGCUUGUCCGCAGAGUUACAUCCUUCAAAGAGCACAGCUGACUCCAGGGGCUUGGGUCACAGGAGGAUGUGCAGAGCUGACCUAUGGUGACCCUGAAGAUGAAACUUCCUAUUUAUAUCCAGAUGAAGAAGAGCUUUUUGAAGAGGAGAAUCAAGCCAGUGAUUGCGGAAAUGGCUACUAUGACCAGAUAGCCUUAUUCUGCUGGCCCAAGUUUCAUGCUACCAUCAUGGCUACAGCAGAGGAUAGACGGUGCCUCUGGGAAACAAUUGGCAGCAUGUACAGUGAGCUUACCAUUUGUGCUGGGUUGCUGGCCAAAAGCAUGGGCUGCCCCUUGUCCAGCCCCACCCUGGAUGCCUUCUUUGUGAGUAUCCACACCGAGUACUUUGCCAGCUGUACCCUGAACGUUGAUGCCACCGACCACCAGCUGCCUACAGGAGCAAUCAUAGUCUUGGCUGCCCUACCUGUCUGCCUGGUACCCCUUUCUGUCGCUCUCACCCUUCACAGGGCAUGA